AUGGAGAGAACGAUCGGCGGACGGUUCGCUUACUGUCUCCCGCGGUUCACCGACGACGCACAGCCGCCGAGCCGGCUCAAGUUUGGUGACGAGGCUAUUCUACGGGACCCUCACGUGAAGACCCUCCAAUUCGUGCAUGUGCCCGGAAAGUUCAAGUACUACCUUCCUCUUAUAGACGUGAGCAUCGCCAGCCAUCGUAUUGGUUUUGAGCCUGGUGCUUUCACCGCCCGCAGGCACGGGCGAUCGGUGAGAGGCGGUUUCUUCAUCGACACAGGGACGGUAUACACGAGAUUUAUCACAGGAGGCCCGUACGAGCGAAUAAUGGAAGCGUUCAAGGAAUACUUCAAGCCAUUUAAGCUGCGAAAAGCACACUCAAAAGCCACGGAUUUUCUUAAAUUGUGUUAUAAGAUCCCGCGCGAGGGAUUCACAGCAUUCCCAAGCAUGACGCUCCACUUUAACGAGGGCAAUGAUCUUGUCGUGCAGCCGCCUAAUGAGGUGGUGCAGACAGAGAAUAAAUUCUGCAUUGCGGUGGGCGGUCUUCUGAUGGUGAGCGUUCUUGGAGCAUAUCAGCAGCAUGACUACAAGAUCUCAUAUGAUGUUCGGAACAAGGCACUAUCCUACGUUUCUGCAGACUACCUGCUGUCUUAA